ACCACAGCGAGUUGAGAACAGUCCUUGUCCUUUCGGAGGGACGCAAAAGGCGGUUGUCAAUUGUCAGUCGGUCGUGAGGAGAGUUGUGUAGUCGCUCUAGAGAGAAUAAUAUAAACGAGACUUUUUUUAAAACAAGCUAGAAACACGGCGUGUGUUUUUCGUGGGUGUUUUGGCCCCCUAGGGGUCCUACAAGGAUAUGGCAGAAUAUUACCUUAACACAAACGAUCACAUAUAUAAACAGGAAAUAGACUCGGACAUAGAUAUUAGCGGUAACGAAGACUCUGACGAUUCUGCUGGAGCCGAACCCACCAGAUUGAUCAAAUCUAUUAAUAAGGGCCGGUGGAGCAAAGAAGAGGACGCAAGGUUAAAGCAAUUAGUGGAAGAAUACAGUGAAAAGUGGGAUGUCAUAGCCGAACAUUUCCCUGACAGGUCUGACGUACAGUGUCAACAGAGAUGGACGAAAGUCGUCAAUCCUGAUUUAGUCAAGGGCCCUUGGACGAAAGAGGAGGACGAAAAGGUCAUCGAAUUAGUAAAUAAAUACGGAGCCAAAAAAUGGACGCUUAUAGCCCGGCAUCUAAAAGGCCGAAUCGGCAAACAAUGUCGAGAACGAUGGCACAACCACCUAAACCCGAAAAUAAAAAAGAGCGCCUGGACCGAACAAGAAGACGAUAUCAUCUACAAGGCACAUCAAGUCUUAGGUAACCAAUGGGCACGAAUAGCGAAGCUAUUGCCCGGCCGGACUGACAACGCCAUCAAGAACCAUUGGAAUUCAACGAUGAGGCGGAAAUACGAGUCGGAGAACCGUGAUCAUGGGGAGUCCAAGCGUGGAAGACAACGGAGGAAUAUAAGGCCUUCAGAGAACUUCUAUUCUCAUUACGGCCACCAAAGGACACAAGAGACGCAGGUGGGCCACGAAGGCUUUCCUAUAAAGAAGGAAAAUUUAUUGCUGAAACUAAAGGAGGAGGAUUGGACGGUUGAAAUGUUUGACCAUGCCAGCAGCCAGUCGAGUUAUUCGACAGGAGCUCCAACACCCAGCCCUACGCCACAAAUGGCUAGUGUCUACGAAAGAAUCAACCCUUCUCCACCCCAACAAGCACAAAAUUCCAACGAGCCUAUGUCUUUCAACUUCAUCAGUAUGUAUGGAAACCAAACUUCACCUGUCAAAUUGACGCCCAUGAACGACGAUGCUUUGUCAGACUUCGAUAUGGGCUUCUAUCAAUCACCUGGUGUCAGUCCGUUGAAAACGACGAAUAGGCACUUUAUCAAAUCAAGGGGACCUGUUUCAACUUUAACCCAAAAUACAAUUGUACCUGUAACCAGCACCGUGAGCGUCUCACGUUCUACAACGCCUCCCAUUUUGAGAAGAGGAAAAUCUCGCAAACGAAGGGACAGCUCUGAUGCCGAAGAAAACAUUGUCGAACAACCUAAUCCUCAGAAAUUCGAAGUGGAUUUCCUCGACACCGCGAAAUCUUCAUUCUUCAGUCCGUUAAGGAAUGGAGCUUCCCCUAUUAAGCAGCUACCUUUCAGCCCUUCGCAGUUUCUAAAUAGUCCUAAUAUCCAGAACCUCACUUUUGACGUAACGAUGUCGUCGACACCCAAAGGACCUCAAAAUGCGAUAGUUUCGACACCGGUGAAGGAUAGAACUAGACCUGAUCGAGAUUACAGUCCUCUCAGCACGCCACGUGGUCUACCAUCGAUCAUAAAGGUCGAAGCCACCGCAUCCUGCUCGACGACGGAUGUCACCGCUACGCCAAACAAACGCUUCACCAGUGAUACACCUCGUACACCCACACCCUUCAAGAAAGCCCUAGCGGAUUUGGAAAUGAAAUCUGGUCCGAUCAAAAAUCUUCCUGACACUCCAUCCUCAAGAUUGGAAGAUAUCACGGAGAUCAUGAAGAAGGACCAGGACAGUUCCCAUUACGAAACAGACACCAGCGUCAUGGUCACUAACGAUAGUGGCUAUAUGACCGGCAAACGAAAAGGAACUGCGUCUUCUGCAGCCGGCAAAGAAAACGUACUUCCUAGCAAGAGGGUGCGUAAAGCGUUGGCCCCUUCAUGGGCAUCGUCUUCCUCCCAAAUGAGCUCUUCGGAUAUCUCGUUCGCAGUCGAGACUCCUAGUAAGUCAUUGGGAGGGGACACUUCGAUAUUAUUCUCAACUCCGUCAUCAAUAAUGAAAGACUCCUUGGGAGUGACAGGAAUGAUGGACUAUCACCCUCAGGCAGGAUCCUCCAAGCGCCCGCUUCCUGUCAGUGUUCCAACAACAACCCGAGCAGUUCCGUCCGGCCAAACAGUUCCGCGAAGUUCGGCUGCGAAGCGGAUCACCUUCGAUGAACCGAGCAGACCUGUACCAAAGUUGGAUUAUCUCUGGGUCAUGAUAGCUUGCGGCCAAACGAAAGACCAGCUCGAGCUUACUGAACAAGCACAUAAAUUUCUUAAAACGUCUGGUUUAAAACCAAGAUCUUUAAAUUUUUAGCGUCUUAAAUAUUGUACAUAGGAUUUACAUUCGUUUUUUGAAUGUAGAAAAAACAAAUUAAAAAAAAAAUUAAUAUAAAUAUAGUAUGUUUUUUACGUCUACAAAAUUUUGUUAUGUGUAGGUUUAUUUUAUAAUUGAAUUCUAUUUAAAAUACUUGCAUUUGCACAUUAUGUAAUAUAAUUUUAUAUACAAUUAAUAUAUAUAUAUUAUAUUAUAUAAUAUUAAUAUUCUG